GGUGGUAAAGCUGGGAAGGACUCUGGAAAGACCAAGACUAAAGCGGUGUCCCGUUCUCAGCGGGCUGGAUUGCAGUUCCCUGUUGGCCGCAUCCACAGGCAUCUGAAGUCUAGGACUACUAGCCAUGGGCGUGUAGGAGCCACAGCCGCUGUGUAUAGCGCUGCAAUCCUGGAGUACUUGACAGCUGAGGUUCUUGAGCUGGCAGGAAAUGCAUCCAAAGACUUGAAGGUGAAACGUAUCACUCCCCGUCACUUGCAGCUUGCAAUUAGAGGAGAUGAAGAACUGGACUCUCUCAUUAAGGCAACAAUUGCUGGUGGUGGUGUAAUACCACAUAUCCACAAGUCCCUUAUUGGAAAGAAAGGACAACAGAAAACUGUCUAAAGGAUACCAGGAUUCCUUGUUAUCUCAGGACUCUUAAGUACUUAAUUGUCCAGUGUUGGUGAUUCCAGUGGACUGUAUCUGUGAAACACAAUUUUGCCUUUUUGUAACUUCGAGAAGCUAAAGCUCCCUUGAGCUUUCUAACAAACCAAAUUUCUGCAUUGAAGUCUUAACCAUAUUUAAGUGUUACCAUGGCUUCAAAGAAGCUAUUGUAUUUGUAGUGGGUUUUGAUUGAGCUGACUGUUUUUAGAUUGGUUUAAGUAAAGGAAAUGUUUGGUUUUGUACAGACUUUUCAUCCACUAGAGUGGAAAUAUUCAAUAAAUGUUAUAUCAAGACUGA